CUCAUUUCUUGUACAAGGCAAUCAUGGGUAAAGUGCUGUUGCUGUCAGUCGUGGCCCUGCUGCUCAAUGUGCAGCUUGGCUCCUCUUACAUUUUAUCAUGCUACUUCACCAACUGGGCACAGUACAGGCCUCCGCCCACCAUCUACAUGCCCAAUGACAUUGACCCCUGCCUUUGUACACACCUCCUCUAUGCCUUCGCCACCAUCACCAACGGCAAGCUGGCCACCUACGAGUGGAACGACGUGGAGCUCUACGGCCAGUUCAACGCUCUCAAGGACAAGAAUGGAAACCUGAAGACCCUGCUGUCUGUUGGAGGGUGGAACUUUGGCUCUUCCGGGUUCUCUGCUAUGGUGGCUUCUUUCGCCACCCGUCAAACCUUCAUCGACUCUGCCAUCACAUUCCUGAGAAAGUACGAGUUUGAUGGUCUUGACAUUGACUGGGAAUACCCAGCCAACAGAGGAAGCCCUUCACAAGACCAGCAGCUCUACUCUGUUCUGCUGGAGGAAAUGAAGGCUGCCUUUGAGGCAGAAGCCAAGAAAACAAACAGGGCCCGGCUCCUGAUCUCCGCUGCUGUCUCGGCUGGUGAAGGCACCAUUGAAACUGCUUACCAAAUCCCUAAGCUUGGAGAGUACCUGGACAUGAUCAAUGUGAUGACCUAUGACUUCCACGGCUCUUGGGAUCCUUUCACCGGAGAGUGCAGUCCACUCUACAAGAGCUCUUUCGACCAGGGGAGCUAUGUCUAUUUCAACGUGGAUUAUGCGAUGAACUACUGGAGAUCCAAUGGUGCCCCUGCAGAGAAGCUGCUGGUUGGGUUCCCAACCUAUGGUAACACUUUCACACUGACCAACCCUGCAAAUCAUGGCAUUGGUGCUCCUAUCUCUGGGGCUGGAACAGCAGGGAAGUACACCCAGGAGGCCGGUGAGCUGGCAUACUUUGAGAUCUGCGGCUUUUUGGAAGGAGCUACUGAGGUUUGGAAUGCCCAGCAAGACGUGCCAUAUGCAUACAAGGGAAACCAGUGGGUGGGCUACGACAACGUCAAGAGCUUUGGAAUCAAGGUCCAAUGGCUGAUGAAGGAAAAGUUUGGUGGUGCAAUGGUUUGGACUAUUGACAUGGAUGACUUCCUGGGCACUUUCUGCAACCAGGGCAAAUACCCGUUGAUUAAUGUUCUCCACAAAGCCUUAGGCCUGGAUCAAGCAACCUGUACACCACCUGCUACACCUCUGCCCCCCAUUGCUGGAUUGACCACCACCACAGCCUCAGCCUCUGGUGGAGGAAGUUCAAGUGGUGGAAGCUCCAGCGGAGGAAGCUCCAGUGGCACCGGUGGCAUGAACAGCAGCUUCUGUGUGGGCAAAGCCAAUGGGAUGUACGUCGAUCCCUCUAACAAAAACAAGUUCUAUGAAUGCAGCGGAGGCCUCACCUACUUCCAAAGUUGUGCUGCUGGCUUGGUGUUUGACUCCAGCUGCUCCUGCUGCAACUGGGCCUAA